AUGGAGUACAGUCCCACCCCAAGUAUGGGCAGUGAGUGUAUACGGCGUCAAUGGCGUCGUGCCAAAUCUGUGUUUUCUGGUCAACGCUACCAUGGUGUCCCCAGCGGCCAAAUUGAGAAAACAAGUGCCAUUUGGUCGAAUCGGAUACAAGGACAGGAAAAUCUCGAGGGGAAAACCAAAGCAGAGACUAUUGGACACGACCGAUCAAGCCCCGGGAAGCCACACUGGAUUAAUGGCGUCCUUCUCUGUACCAAGGCAACUACUGUUCUCCUUCUGCUGAAUAUCAUCUUCAUUGCCGUCGCCGCUGGACUAUCCAACAAAAACGCGGAGAACAGUGCAUUCUCCAGCUUCCAAGUAAUGUACCAGGGUAGCUGUGUCCUGUCCAAACGAUGGAACAUUGCGCUGCACUUGAUAAUCAACGUACUCAGUACUGGAAUCCUGGGUGCUAGCAACUACUGCAUGCAGUCACUGGUCGCACCGAGUCGGGAAGAAGUUGACAAAUAUCACGCGCGAGGUCGAUGGCUUGACAUAGGGUGCUCGAGUGUGAGGAAUCUCUUCGUUAUUGGACGAUCGCGGCUCGCCCUCUGGCUGGUGCUACUUGUCACAGCCACACCGUUCCAUUUGUUGUACAACUCGAUGGUCUUUGAAUCCGUGGCCGUAAACGAGUUGCGCGUCGUUGUGGGACCUGGGGAUUUGAAUUCUUCCAACGUCGCAAGCUUGAAGACUCCUGCCCUUGAUCAGUGCUUUAGAAUAAAACCGGUGUUCCCUGGUGGGGAUGCUGCUGUAUAUCGGGGUGCUAAUGUUGACAGCGAUGAUAUCAGCAACUCGUAUUUGUCAGACAUUGUGCCUGAUGGGUAUUCCGAGGGUGAGUUGAACUGGCAUGACUUUGCAUCCGAUAUUGCGCGGGGCGAUUAUGAGCGCCUGGAUACCCAGCAAUGUAUCGAUCUCCACAGUUUCGGGAAAAACGGAGGGGCAAAGGUGGUCGUCAUGCUCACGAACGCGUUGUCUGUGAGCCAAGGUGGAACGACUGCAAUACUCUCGACGAGCCCAAUAGAUGGCCUGGCCCAUGCCGAUACGACCCUCAGUAACGAUGUGGAGGGGUCCGAAUUCGCUGGCAAGACCCUGAUGAUCAGUAUCAUUGACUCUGGUCGAUCCCAUUAUUACACAAGUGACAAUUUCACCCAAAAGGCCUGUCUUGACACCCUGAAUGACAGUUCCUGCUCAGAUGCCUACGAUCUGUUCAACUGGGCCAACCUUGAUGUGGAUCAGCCGAGUCUUGAGAGGGUGAAUCGAUACAUCCAGGCUAACACAACUUCUGACAUCACGGCCAGUGACUAUAUCCUCACUUGCGAUGAUACAUCAAUGAAUGAAUCAAAGACCUAUAGCGUCGACGGGUGUCUUGUGAUCAACUCCGAAGAGCGUUGCCAGCUGUUAUAUAGUCCACCGAUUUGCAUUAUCAUUGCUCUUGCAACUUUGCUAAAAGUUGUAGCAAUGUUCCUGGCAGCAAGAAUAGGUCGUCAUCGAUCGCCACCUUUGCUCACCGUGGGCGAUGCGGUGGCGUCCUUUAUGGAAAAGCCAGAUUCCACCACAGAGGGAAUGUGUUGGUUAUCCAAUGCUGAUGUUCGUCGUGGAGCAUGGAAAGUGCCUCAAAAGACGGAGGACCCUGCCGAGGAACCUCUGGGGGCGAGUCAGCCAGAGCCAAAGGUAUACAAGCGGUUAUCGGGACGCAAGCACUGGAUGCAAGCCUCAAGCCUCGCGCGCUGGAUAGCGACCCUCAUCUUAUGCUUAGCAUGUAUUGCCGUCGGAGCAUUCCUGUUCGAGCAAGCCCUCGCGCCACGAGGAGCAGGUCCCUGGGUGACGACCGCCACGCUCCAUGAAAUGUGGAAAGAAGGCUUCUCCAGCACCCGGGGCUCGACUGCAUUCGUCGACCUGAAAAGGACACUGCCCACUUUGAGCUCUGUGGUGGUAGCCAAUAUACCACAACUGAUCAUCACUGUCAGCUAUUUUUUUUACAACAGCGUGCUGACCAGUAUGCUCGCGACCGCCGAAUACAGCUCCUAUGGGGCAAGCCCGAAUCCCCUUCGCGUGACAUGGCCUAUUAAAGACAGUAUGCAGCGGUCAACAUACUGGCUGUCCAUGCCAUAUCAGUACGGAGUCCCCCUGCUGGUGGUCUAUAUGAUCCUCCACUGGUUGAUUUCCCAGAGUAUAUUUUAUGUUCGGGUCAUGGCGUAUGACUGGAUUGGCCGACCGAUCUACCAGUUCUCGGUAAGUUCUCUGGGCUAUAACCCUCUGGCUAUCUUUAUUUCUCUCCUUGUGGGUGCGUUUAUGGUCUGUUUGUUGCUUGGACUGUCGUUCAGAAGGUUCAAGUCUGAAAUACCGUUGGCGGGGGCUUGUAGUGCUGCGAUUAGUGCUGCAUGCCAUGUGCCUAAAGACGAGCUUCUGGAUCGUGCAGGUCAAGGGCCGGUGACGUGGGGUGAAACUGUGGCAUCGCCAUCCUGGGCGGGGGAUUUUGGUGGAAUUGAGGAUGACAAGGGACAUUGUAGUUUUACAUCUUUGGAGACAGUGCGGCCUUCCUUGAGCAAGAUGUAUGCCUAG